CUGCUCGUGUUUUCUCGGAACAAAUUUCAGCACCAGCGUGAAACCAAUUAAAACCCCACCCAGUGAGACUCCCAGUAUGUAACCUACAGGACAGACUGGGUUCUCUGUGGAGGACCAGUAAAGGUACUGGGAGGACUCGGUGGUGGGGUGAGCGGACCAGCAACCAGGUUGUAGAUUCUCAGAUUCUGAGUGACCAUGUGGCGCACAACAUUCCUGCUGCUGCUGCUUCUUUACAGUGUGGAAGCUGUAGUGGCGUCUCAGUGCUGGCAGGGGGCGACCUUCUCCGAGGCAGUGGUGUCUCCAACGGUAGAGAGCGGUGGCAUCCUGCGGGUACCCGGAGUGGCGUCCUUGCCGCAGUGCGUGGCAGCAUGCUGCGACCUGCCGGGGUACGACCUGGCCUGGCUGUUCGAGGGCCGCUGCUACAUCCUGAGCUGCCAGCAGAGGGAGAACUGCCUGCCCCGAGAGCGACCCGGGGCCGACUCCGUCCUCGCCUUCCUGCGGAGAGCAUCACCACAGACACUGGUGCUGCAGUCUUUGGUGAGAGGAGAGCCAUAUGGUGGACGCUGGAAGCCACUCUCGCGGUCCUCUGAGGCCCCUGGGGACCUGGAGGCCCUGAAGGACCUCGCCCUGUUCGACGGGCCCCGUCGGGACUUCUCAGACCCCGGUGUGCUGGAUGUGGAGUAUUCGGAGGGAAGCCAGGAGGAGAGGGGAGGGCCCGGCUCGGAGAUGAUGACCGAUCAGCUGUCCUUGAAGAGACAAGACGGGAUCAACCAAUCAGAGGUAGAGGACGGUCCGGAGAGGGGGGUGACGGAGAGCAGUGUGGCCCAGAAUAGAGCCUCCUCUGGGGGGAACAUCAGUCAGGGAGACGAGGACAAAACCAGGAGACCAACUGAUCCUGCUGUUGCAGAGAGAACAACCAAAACACAAAGCAGCACCGAGUCGACAUCGCUGACGCCGUUACUGCUAGAGAAACAAACUGACUCCACCCAACAGGACCGUAUAUGGACUUCACUUGCCACCCAUGCCACACCCCAUUGGCUGAUCAGCACAUCCGUACAGCCAGAUCGACCCCUGAUGGUGUCCCGUGGACACCCUGUAGAGCGGACGUUGCCCACAGUUAAACCUGCUGCUUCAGUUUCUCCUGCACCCACAUCUGACAUGGUGAAGGUGUUCCAGUCAGCAGCCGGAACACAACAGACCCCCACCCAACCCCCAGCCAGAGCCAUGACCUUUGACCCCACCACCACCAGCUCCUCAUCUCCCAGCACCAACCCUCCAACCAUGACCUCCGCUACGACUGCUGCUGUGUCCGUAUCAGAGGUCAGGGGGUCAAACCGUGGCCCUGUGGCCAUUGUGGGUCCUGACAGGAAGGUGUUUCUUCCGGUGAGCAGCUUGUCGCUGGACGGCAGCGAUAGCACCGGUGACCGUGGCAUUGUCAGCUACCACUGGGACGCCGUCAGUGGUCCCCCAGGAUUAAAGUUGGAGGGAGCGGACCAGGCAGUAGCCACUGCGUCAGGCCUCCGGGUGGGACGCUACACCCUCAGACUGACGGUCUCUGACCAGGAGGGGGCGACAGGCAGCGCCUCGCUGACUGUCAGGGUCCUGGAAGCCACAAGUCUUCCACCCGUUGCUCACGCCAGCGGCAGCCACACUCUCACUCUACCCAACAACUCUCUAGUCCUCCGGGGCUCCGUGACCGACGGGGACCAGACAGAGGUUCACUACCUGUGGGUCAGAGACAGCCAGAGUCCUGCAACCGGGGACGUGCUGUACGGCUCAGAGACUCAGGCCUCCCUGUACCUGACCAACCUGGUUGAGGGCACCUACCUUUUCCAGCUGAGGGUGACCGACGCUCAGGGGCGCUCCUGCACCGCCACGGCCACCGUGGAGGUCCGACCAGAGCCAGGUGGUGGGGAGGAGGUGGAGCUGGAGAUGCUGGUGCCGGUGUCUCAGGUCAGUGUGGCUCAGAGGGACACAGUGAUCCGACAACUUGCUGCUCUGCUCCACGUCCUCGAUAGCGACAUCCAGGUCCGAGCGCUGCAGGGACACUCCCACCUCAGCACGGUGAUGCGGUUCUCGGUGCAGGGCCCUUCGGGGCCAAUCUCUGGCUCCAGGCUUGUGGGUCUGCUGAGAAACCAGCUGCUCAGAGAGAAGAGCGACUACCUGCUGUUCAGAGUCAUGAGAGUCGACACUGUCUUGUGCUUGCUUCGCUGUUCGGGGCGUGGCCAGUGUGAUCCAAUCACCAAGGAGUGCACGUGCGACCCCUUCUGGACGGAGAACCUGGUUCGCCGUUACUUUGGCGACGGAGAGAGCAACUGUGAGUGGAGGGUGCUGUACGUGAUCCUGACCAGCUUCAUUCUCAUGAUCUUCAUCCUUUCCAUCAGCUGGACCGUCAUUUGCUGCUGCAGGAGGAGGAGACAGACCAAAGUGAGGAGGAAAACUAAAUACACCAUCUUGGAUAACAUGGACGAGCAGGAGAGGGUGGAGCUCAGACCCAAAUUCAGUAUCAAACACCGCAGUACAGAGCACAACUCCAGCCUGAUGAUGUCUGAGUCAGAGUUGGACAGCGACCAGGACACCAUCUUCAGCCGGGAUCGACCCGUCCGCAGCAGGAACCGGCUCAGCGCUCAGGCCACCCGAAAUGGAAAUGCCUUCGGCUGACGGGACGGCUGACUCCUGGUGAUGGAAAGGACUCGUCUGGGAUGUUUGCACUCUGGCUGCGAGAUGAUUUAACUUUUUAAAGUUUAAAGGACUUUAUUACCCAGAGUCCUGUCAGGUCGGUAUAAUGAACCAGUGUAUCAUUUCAGAGUCAAACUCCUUCGAAGGAUGUGAGAAUUUACGACCUGGAGGACACACCUGCAAAUCCUUACACAAAAAUUUAAGCUUGACGUCCAAAUUUGGGCAAAACUGCGAGAUACUUUGAUAGGACGACCUCAAUGUUUCGGCAUAUUCUUUAAAUACAGACUUCUAUGGAAGGCUUUAAAGAAGAAUUUGGCAUAUCCUCCUCCCCAAAGCCAGCUGAGAAGACUUAUAGAUUCAUCUCUGCAUGAAAAGAGAGGUCCACGAUGGAGGCUGGCCUAGCUUAGCACAAAGACUGGAAGCUGGGUGAAACUGCUGGCCUAGCUCCAACAAAAGAAGAAAAAAAAUCCACCUUCCAACAACUCCCAAGUUUGUUUAUUUACAUCGCGAUACAUAUAUGUAACGAUAGCUAGCUAAGUUGUGAAAAUAAGGCUAACAUCGCUGAAAGAUAAGUCAUCUCAGUAGAGAUAAGCGUUUAACGACAUUAGCCUUAUUAGCUAGCUGUUAGGUUGCUCUUUUACACUUGGUGCUUGGAAGAGCUGCCAAAAAUGAAAGUGACUGACAAACAGUCUGGUGAAAGUGAGCAGCUCUUCUAAGCGCCGAGUGUUAAAAAAAAAAAAAAGGAGUGGUAGUAGCCGCUGCGAUGUCACCCGUUGGUUUGUGGACUACCGUUAAAGUCAGUCAAUCUUCUGUGCUUGUUUAGUGUGAAUUAACAAAUCAACUGAACCCUAUGAAGGUCCUUAAUUCAUUCAUACAUAUUAUAUUUUUAAUAUUGUUAGCUCAAAAGAAGUGUGAACACAACAGUAACUUUCAACCAUGGAAAUUGGGCAAGAAUUUAAUUUACUUACCAAAAAAAGAAAAAAAUCAUCACAAGAUGUAAUAUGACAAUUUCCUCUUUAAUUUUCCAUUAAUAUUUAUAGUCAGAAAUACAAAAACUAAUUCUUUUUCCCCCCACAUUAACUUUGACUACAACAGUAUAUUACAAUUAGAACCAGUUUCACAUCAUAUUAGAGACACAAUCUGCUGUACAAACCCAGAGAACAAAACUGGCAGUACAAACAAACAGUGGACAGAGGAAGAUAAGUUACUGUCAAGAAAAAAUUUAAAACAUUUUACUUCUUUACUCUUCUGCAUUUGCACACAUGGACCCUGGUUAUUUUGUAUUGCUGAUUUGACAUAAGCACAUACAACUAGUGUCCACUUUAUUAAGUACACUUGCUAAAACUUUCAGAGGUUUUUUAUUACCAAUUAUAUCAAUUAUGUGUUUUAGCAUUGAGGUCAUAGUGUCGUACUCGACUGCAUUAUAUUAAGAAGUGUUUCUAAUAUUAUGCUUCUAUGACCCCAGUGAUUAACAUGUAAGUGAAUUUACACGUUUCUGACAAUGUCAACAUCAUCUGAACACUAUAAACUUUGUAAAGAUGUUACGGCAGAGCUGUUGUAUUGAUUUGCAACAGAUUGUACCUAAUAAAGUGGCUCUGGAGUGUUUUAUAAAGCUGGUUUAAAAUGUUGAUGAACAAGAUCUGUAGUUUGUAAUUACAGGUUUUUUUAAUCUCAUAUGCAUCUUUUAAUUUAUCUCAAAAUGACGAGAACCAUACUCCUAAUUACUCUAAUCUUUAUGAGAACGAUUCAUUUUAAGCCAGCUUUAAAACCUUGAAAAUCCUGCUUCAUGUCAAAGGAAUCCGAUCAAGCUAACGGACCUACGAAGAACAAAGCUCCACUCAUUACACUGGUUUGUGCUGCUCACAUGCUCAAGGCUGGAAGAGUUUGCUGCCCUUUUCUUUUGAUGCUACACCUGUAACCACACCCAACAGUGAUGUGUCCUAAGUACAGCAAGGUGACAAGUUAACCCAUUGGAGGACAGAGAGGGUUACGGUACUCUUAAAUAAAAUCUAAAUUAAUCAAAGUACUGUUCAACAGUGUAAGAAAUAAAAAUCAAUUAAAUGGCACUUGACAUUGGCAACCAUAAUUUUACUUUAACAGAGGCUCAGAAAAAGCUUGGCCAGGAUUAAAACCAACACAGUAACAAGGAAUUUAUUUAACUUCAAAAACUAAUUAUUUUUUAUCUACACACUGAAAUAUGCUAAAUAGAUAUUUCAUAUCUAUUUCUUCCCAAAAAUGUGGUGCAUAUUCAAACAAUAUUGACAUCAGGCCAUGUAUUCAACAUUUAUAUUUUAGAAAUACUCAACAGUUAUUAAUGAAAUGUCUGACUCCUAAAAACAAGGUGUUGGGCUAAUGUUCCAUACAGAAGAAAAAUGUUUGUUUUGUAUAAAUGGCCCAUGAAUUAUUACAAAUGAAAUUGUGACUUACUUUUGAACCCUAUGUGUUCAAAUAUGCCAGCAUAUCAUAAAAAAAAUACUGUUAUUAUAUUAACAGGCCUACUACAGGACAUCAGGAUGGUCAGUACAACAAUGAUUUUUAUGAAAAACUAGCUAAAGGUUUUGUGCUUUUUAAAUUUAUUUUAAAUCAGUAAAUCUACAAUCUACCUUCUCCUCCA